CGCCCCUGGUUGCUCCCCAGCAGAGGCGGGGGGCUGGCGAGGGAGGGGCACCUUGCACAAAGCGCCGGUUCGCCUCCCGGCCAGGCAGCCGCCCAGCGGAGCCCCGCGCCCCGGCUCCCCAACUUCGCCUGCCCACGUGUUGCUAGCGGAGUCCCGGGGCGCCGCUUCCCUGACCCGCUGCCGGUGCGGCAGGAUGGCUGGAGGGGCCGCUCCGCUGCCUGCUCGGCGCUGAAGAUCAAAGGAGAUGCUGGGAGCUGCUGCCAGUUAGCAGCACCUGGGCAGGGGAGCGGCCGGCGGGUGGUGACUCCGCAACCCGACUGGACUCUACCGCUGCGGCCCCCCGCGCUCAGCCUGGCACCUCCUGCCCCGGCCCCGCCAGACGGCUGAUUUGCCCCCUCGGAGAGAAGCUGCCCCCUCGCCGCCCAGGAUGCAGUUUCGCCUCUUCUCCUUUGCCUUGCUCGUCCUGAACUGUAUGGAUUACAGCCACUGCCAAGCCAGCCGCUGGAGACGCAGCAAGAGAGCUAGCUAUGGACCAAAUCCAAUUUGCAAAGGUUGUUUGUCUUGCUCAAAGGAUAAUGGGUGCAUCAGAUGCCAGCAUAAAUUGUUUUUCUUUCUUCGACGAGAAGGAAUGAGGCAAUAUGGAGAAUGCUUGCAUUCCUGCCCAUCAGGGUACUAUGGACUCCGAGCGCCAGAUAUGAACAGAUGUUCAAGAUGCAGAAUAGAAAACUGCGACUCUUGCUUUAGCAGAGACUUUUGCACCAAAUGCAAAGCUGGCUUUUACUUACACAGAGGCCGUUGUUUUGGAGAAUGCCCGGAUGGAUUUGCAUCCUUAGAUGAAACUAUGGAAUGUGUGGAAGGCUGUGAAGUGGGUCCCUGGAGUGAAUGGGGAACUUGCAGCAGAAAUAACAAAACCUGUGGAUUUAAAUGGGGUUUGGAAACAAGAACAAGGCAAAUUGUGAAAAAGCCGGCAAAGGACACAAUACCUUGCCCAACCAUUGCAGAGUCCAGAAGAUGUAAAAUGGCUGUGAGGCACUGUCCAGGAGCCCUGCUUUUGUUUCAGAGUUGGACUUUCCAUUUUCCAUGACUUUUUCAAGAGUAAUUAGCCGACACAUUAAGAAAGGGAAAAACUUCGGAUGAAUAUCAGAAAAAAAACAACAUUCUGGGAGUAAGAUCUGUUAUGGUGUGGAAGAAUUGCCCAAGGGGAGUGAUGAAAGCCCUGCCUCCUGAGACAUUUAAACUAAACAGGGGGAAAAAACUACUAGGAAAUGCACUGGGGGAGCAGUCCUGCA